GGCUACUCCCCUACUCGCCGCUACCGUACUCAGUUACAAUCACACUCAAAAUAUGUCCGGCGGGAGCACGGCAAGACUUUGAACCCAACCGUUGUAGCGGAUUUUAAAAACCUUCACUCGGGGAAUCAAGAUGGAAAACACUCGGGGAUGCUUCCUGCUAGGUGUCGGUCUGUCACUGCUCGCUGCUGUUGUGGCCCAGACUACACAAGCACCAACACCAAGUGCAAACGCCUUCUUCAAUGGCUUCAACUCCUAUGCAGUGUUACCCAACACCAUCAACAUCAGAUCCAGACUUACGUCCUUCAGCUUUAGAACUUGCAAUGCGGGCCAACUCCUACGACAGGAGGGACAAAAUGGGGACUAUAUCGAGCUGGCCCUUCUAGACUCCGGGGUUUUAAGAUUCUCUUUUAGAAAGGCAGGGGGAAGGGGGGAAGAUUACGUUGAUCUAGGGUCAGGACUCACGACUAAUCAGAUGUGGCACACAGUAAACCUAGAGUAUUCUGUAGGCAACCUGACGUUAAGUGUUGAUGGGGAACAGAUCACAGUUGCGUCCCGGACCGUCAAUGGUUACGUUCUCGACAUCAACUUGUCUGGAGGAGAAGGAGUAAAAGUUGGACAAGGGCUCACCGGAUGUGUGUACGAGGGUCCAGGGGUGCAGCUGACCACUGCAACAUCACAGUCCAACGUGGAGUGGGGGAGAUGCCGUUUGGAGGACGAGGAGGGAUGUGAUGGCCCAGUUGACACGGACGCCUGUGUUAGCCACCCUUGCGAGAACGGCGGGAUAUGCGUAGACGAAAUCCAAAACUACACAUGCAUUUGUACGACUAGAUAUACCGGUCGAAAUUGCGAGAUCGACACGGGUCCGCUGUGUAAUUCGGAAGCUAACCUGUGCUACAACGGAGGAGUGUGUCAGGAGCAACAGAACGGGAACUAUACGACUUGCGUUUGCCGAGACGGGUGGGCUGGACCGCGAUGCACGGAGAGCCCCUGUGUCAGCGAACCCUGUAUGAACGGCGCAACGUGUCUGAACGUUACUGGCGGAUACCAAUGCACAUGUCCUGAGGGCUUUGCUGGCGUGAACUGUGAAAUCAACAUUAACGAAUGCGCCAGCGUCCCAGCUCCUUGCAAGAACGGCGGCGUAUGCACAGACGGCAUUGGUGGAGUGAUCUGCGACUGCACCGACACUGGGUAUGAAGGUCCCUUCUGCGACAGAGAUGUGAACGAGUGCAUCAACAACCCGUGUCAGAAUGGCGGUGCCUGUUUCAACCGUCCUGGCGGCUUCACCUGUCAAUGUGCGCAGGGUUGGGAUGGCGAAACUUGCGAUAUCGAUCUUGACGAAUGCGUCUCAGACCCGUGUCAGAACGGAGCGACCUGCGAGGACAGGCAAGGGUCGUACUUCUGCAACUGCGUGCCGGGAUUUGAGGGGACCAACUGUGAAACCAGCCAGGCUUGUCAAGCUGAGCCUGAGCCAUGCAACUCAGAAGAAGACUGUUUUCCAGAGGGUUUGGAGUACCGCUGUGAGUGCAAGCCAGGAUAUGACGGCUCUGCCGGAAACUGCAGGGAUAUUGACGAGUGUGCCAGCAACCCGUGUCGUAACCGUGGCACCUGUAACAACUACGUCAACUACUACAACUGCUCCUGCCGUGCUGGUUACUAUGGUUACAACUGCGAGUUCGAAGACGAGUGUGUCCAGCGGCCCAACUAUUGCAGGAACGGAGCAACGUGCAGGGACUCACCGACAUCCUUUGAGUGCAUCUGCGCACUUGGAUAUACUGGAGAAGACUGCUCAGAGAACAUUGAUGACUGUGCCCAGAACACCUGUCAGAAUGGAGCAACCUGCAUGGACCAAGUCAACAGUUAUACAUGUAGCUGUGUGGCUGGGUUUACAGGUAACAGAUGUCAAACAAACAUCGAUGACUGCAGCCCAGACCCUUGUCAGAACAGUGGCACCUGCACGGAUCUUGUCAACGACUACAGAUGCAAUUGUACAAGAGAAUGGGCAGGCAUAAACUGCACUCAGGUGAAUCGGUGUGAAGUGCCCACACGUGUGAAUUGUACAGACGGAAAGGUGUGUUUUAUAUCAGAGGAUGGACUUGGUACAGACUGUCAGUGUCCACUUGGCUUCGCUGGAGUGAACUGUGCCGUCAACAUUGACGAAUGUGACCCUGAUCCGUGCCAGAAUAAUGCUACCUGCAUUGAUGGGAUCGACAAAUUUGUCUGCAACUGCACCAGCGGCUGGCAGGGAGUAACCUGCGAGGAAGACAUUAAUGAGUGCAACCCAUCGCCAUGCCAACACGACUCUGUCUGCGUCAACAAUGACGGCAGCUACGACUGUUUCUGCCGUCAGGGCUACCAUGGAAAGAACUGCGAACUGGACAUCAAUGAAUGUUACUCUCAGCCCUGCCAAAACGGUGCCACCUGUCAGGACCUCAUCGCUGAAGCCAAGUGCACCUGCGCUCCGGGCUACACGGGGUUGUGGUGCGAGCGGGAGAUCCGGGAGUGUGACUCUGACCCGUGUCAGAACGGGGCGACGUGUAUCGACCUGAUCGCUCGGUACAACUGCUCCUGCAUGCCGGGCUGGGAGGGGGUGAACUGUGAGCAGGAGGUGGACGAGUGUGAGAGCAGUCCGUGUCUGAACGGGGGACAGUGUACAGACCUGUUCAACAACUACACCUGUAACUGCAGCAACACUGGUUUUGUGGGGAACGACUGUGAGGUGGAGAUCAGAGAGUGUGACUCUAACCCCUGCCAACAUGGCGGCAACUGCAUUGAUCUCAUCAACUACUACAACUGCUCGUGUUAUGACGGGUUUGAGGGCUACAACUGUGAAACUGACAUUGACGAAUGCGAGUCAGAUCCAUGUCAAAACGGAGCCACGUGUACAGAGAAUUCGGCAGGUGGGAACACCGAUUGGCCCAACGCUGGAGGGUACACAUGCACCUGUGUUCCGGGCUAUGCCGGGGACAACUGCGAAAUAGAUAUAAAUGAGUGUGAAUCGGAUCCGUGCCAAAAUGGAGCGACGUGUAACGACUUGAUCAACAUGUACACUUGCGACUGUGUGCCGGGAUUCAGGGGGACGAACUGUGAAGAGAAUAUCGACGAGUGUUCAGAGUACGGCGGCAACCCCUGCCAGAAUGGGGCCUUGUGCAUCGACAGAAUCAACGACUAUUACUGUCUGUGCUCGCAAGGCCUCGGUGGUAAGAACUGUUCCGUUACUCUGAUCGGCUGCAAUGUAAACGGUUGCGAAAACAACUCCACCUGCGUCCCAUACCUGCAAGAUGAAGCGACAGACACACACAACUACACCUGCAACUGUGACAACGGCUUUGUGGGUCGUAACUGCGAGAAAGGCACGACUCUGUCGUUGGACGGAAACGGGUAUAUCACUGUCCCUCCACAGACUGGCCCGACCGUUGUGCUGCAGAUCAGGUUCAGAACCACAUUACCGUCUGGCGUUCUGGCCUUCAUCGGGGAAGUAAACCACCAUGGUAUCGUUGAAAUUGUUGACAACAAGAUACAGCUGACCCACUUCAACGGUUCUGUGAAAAGUAGUGUUGAGGCUAACAAGAUCGUCAGUGAUGGAGAAUGGCAUGAUGUGACUGCAAGAAUUCUUGAGACUGGCACCAUGUCCGUAUGCGUGGAUGUCUCCAGCUGUAAUGGGGGUAACAUUGGCCAGACGGUAGAUUUUGGAAACCUGUAUGUUGGUGGGGCUGACACCGCUAUGCUUGCUCUGACAACGUCUGGUAAGAACUACGUAGGCUGUGUGGAGGAUAUUGUAAGGGACGGUCAUGCCAUCGUAGCAGCAGACUACGUCUCUCAAGGAUCCGGAUCCAUUGCGGAGGGUUGUGAUCGGAAAGAUCAGUGCAAUCCUGAUCCGUGCUCAGGGAAGGGCGUGUGUACAGACGAGUGGAUCCAGUUUACCUGCGAUUGUGAACGACCCUACACUGGGAACAACUGCAACUACACCUUCAGCACUGGCACCUUCAGCAAUGAACAGCUGAACAGUUUUGCCAACUUUGAGGUUCCUCGUAGCGCCAACGAUCCCUUCAAGGUCUCCAUGUUCUUCCGGACACGUAAGCCAGACGGUCUGCUCAUGUUCACGGGAGAGCAAGGAACUGGCCUGGAAACGCCACCUCGUGAUGCUAACUAUGUUGCAGUGCAACUUGUCAAUGGAAGAAUCCGUGUCAGCAUUAAGGAGCCAGGCCAAACAGCCAUCCAGCCGAAGAUCUACACCCUGGGCAGUGGGCUUGCAGACGGAGAGUUCAAGUUUGUAGACAUGUCAAUAGACGGCGAGAGCAUGUACAUCAACGUGAACGACCAAGUCAGCAAUACCAUCACACUCGACAGGGUCCCUAAUCUACCAGGUGGUGAGUUGUAUAUUGCCGGAAUGGACUUCCCAUCUACAAAUCUGGGUCUUUCCACCACCGAGCCUUUCAAGGGAUGCAUACAGGAUCUGCGCUACAACCAGACACGUCUGGACUUCUACCCGCUGGCUAUACCAGGCUUCCAGCUCGACUCUCCUUCCCUCGCUUCUACCGGCCUCAGCAACGUGAACGACACGUGUGUGAGUGACGACACCUGUGCCAGCAGCCCCUGCACCAAUGGCGGUGUCUGCACGGUGACGUGGAACGACUUUGAGUGCGACUGUCCGCAAGGGUUCACCGGGAAGAACUGCUCGGAGACUGACUUCUGCGUCUCCAGUCCCUGUCCAUCAAAUUCCACCUGCAACAACCUGGAUGAUGGGUUUGAAUGUCUUGCAUCAGCCACCUUUGACCGAGACAUGCUGGAAUACAGCACCGGCCCAGGUUUCACUGCCAUCGACAACACCCUUCACGUCACCUUCCGCACAAGAGACGCAGACGCCCUCCUCCUCAGAGCGUCUGGUGGCUCCACGACUGUUGAGCUUGCAAUUGUGGGUGGGAAUGUCCGCUUUACGUACAACAGCGCCAACGCACCUGCUGCCGAGGGAAACCUUGACGUCAGUGACGGAGAAUGGCACACGGCAGAAGUCACCUUCUUGGGGACCGUCGCACAGCUUACUGUGGACAACGGUGCAGAAAAUGCAACAGCAAACAUGGGCCAGGCUGCACCAAACUUCGACGACUUUGUUGGACAAGACACGAUCCAAGUUGGGAGCCAGGGUGGGCAGCGUUACUUCAAGGGCUGCAUGGAGAACGUGCGUGUGGGUGGAGUCCUUCUGCCAUUCUUCGAGCUGUCGCAGAUCCCAACCAAUGCCUCCAAGAAGUUCAACCUCAAGUCUGCCAGUAGCAUCACCGUCGGUUGUACGAGUGACGACGUCUGCGGGCCACAGCCUUGCGUUAACGGCGCCACCUGCACUGACAUCUUCAAUGACUACGACUGUACCUGCGUGCCGGGAUACGAUGACAAGAACUGCAGCACCAACAUAGACGAAUGCAUGUCAGCCCCAUGCCAGAAUGGGGCCACCUGUCAAGAUGCCAUCAACGAGUACUCGUGCGACUGUGUGCCUGGGUACGUCGGGGAUCACUGCGAGACGGAAAUCAACGAGUGUGACUCCAGCCCUUGUCAGUUCAACUCCACAUGUAUCGACCUGGUCAACGCUUUCUUCUGCAACUGCACCACCAACUACACGGGUGAAUUCUGUGAGGUUAACAUCUAUGACAACUGCGAUGCUGGGCCUUGUCUAAAUGGAGCUACAUGUAAUGAUCUCAACAUUACUGCAACUAGCAAGGCCUCGUUUGAGUGUAUCUGUCCCCCUGGCUAUGAGGGGAAGCUGUGUGACAAGGAGAUUGACUACUGCGCUGGCCAGCCCUGCCAGUUUGGAGCCACCUGCACCAACAACAGGCAGAUAUUUGACUACGAGUGCACCUGUGUGCCGGGUUACACCGACAAGAACUGCAGCACCAAUAUUGACGAGUGUGCCUCUGACCCGUGUGAGAAUGGGGCAGUAUGCACAGAUCACGUCAAUGGCUACACAUGCCAGUGCACUGAUGGUUGGAAUGGAACAGAAUGUAAUAUUGACAUUGACGAGUGUCUGACGAUAACCUGUGAGAACAACGGCUCCUGCGAGAACCUGCCUGGGUCUGUCAAGUGCAACUGUGCCGAGGGAUACGAAGGCGACCGAUGUGAACUUGACAUUGACGAAUGCAACACGACCUUCCCAUGUCAGAAUGGGGCCAGGUGUAACAACUCUGUCGGGACGUACACAUGUGACUGUACCCUGGGCUACUCCGGGCACGACUGUGACGUGCCUGUGUGUAGCGGUGACGUGUGUCUGUACGGUUCCACCUGUGUGACAAACUCGACUCAUUGGUCAUGCCUUUGUGCUGAGGGUUACCAAGGAGACCGGUGUCAAAGUGACAUUGACGAAUGCACAAACGAAGACCUGUGCCAAAACGGCGCCACUUGUGUCAACUCCCCUGGCGCUUUCCUGUGCAAUUGCAGCGCAGGGUUUCAGGGGUCGCUCUGUGAGACUCCGACUUGCGCCCCUAACCCUUGCCUGAAUAACGGUAGCUGUGCGCUAGAGGAUAGCUGGAGUUGCUCUUGUACUGAAGGGUUUGCAGGCCCGAGAUGUCAGAUUCGGGGACCAUGUGCCGACUUCCCCUGCCAAAACGGAGGCAACUGUACGCAGAACGUGAACGCCAUCCCCAUGACGUAUGACUGCGACUGUGGGUACGGCUGGGAGGGAGACACCUGUACUGCGGAGGUGGACUGGUGCUCGUCCAGCCCUUGUGAGAACAACGGGAACUGCACCAGCAUCAACACACAGGGUUUCAUGUGCCAGUGUGAGCCGUGGCUGGAUGGACCCACAUGUGGGGAGGACAAGAAUGACUGCCUGUCGAACCCAUGUCUGAAUGGAGCCACGUGUCAAGACAAGACGGGAGAAGUGGGUGUGGAAUGUAGAUGUACUCCAUACUGGAAGGGUGAGACGUGUGAAGAGGACCGUAAUGAGUGUGAGGAGCCUGAGUCGGAGGAGUUCCGCUGUCCUCUCAACGAAACAGCAUCAGAAUGUGAGAACGACCUGGGCAACUUCACCUGUGUGUGUCUGUCUGGCUGGGCUGGAGAGUACUGUUCAGAGGAGGUGCCUAUCAGCGAUCCUCGGACACAGGACCUGGGCCUGAUCCUGGGUCCCUCCAUCGCUGCAGCCAUCUUACUCCUCAUCAUCAUCCUCCUGGUCCUGCUGCUCCUCAUGAAGAGCAAGAGAGCGACGCGCGGCACAUACAGCCCCUCCAGACAGGAGAUGACAGGAUCCAGGGGGGUCGAGAUGGGGGGGAUGCUCAAACCACCCCCCGAGGAAAGACUAAUUUAGUAUCAAACUCGUUUUCCCGUCCAUUUGUACAAAGUUGGGUCUAUGAAUUCUUCUGAAGAAUUUGUAAUAAUAACUUGUAACAUGUUGUUUGUUGAUGUACUGUUUAUGCCUUGAAUUGUUUGUACAUUCCAUGUCAUAUGUGUUUGUCUUGUAAUUAAAAAAGGUUUUAACUUGUGAAGUAAUUCUGUUGAAUGAAGUAUUUCUGUUAUAUGUGUGUUCUAAAUUCUCGAGUAACAAAUGUAUGGUAUCUGUAGCUAUAGAAAUAGUGUUACUGGAAACUCAAUUGUAGUUCACAACAUCGCAUUUAGUUCAAAUCUCUACACCUCUAUUCAGCAUGUCUUGUAACCUCCAUGUCAGCCAUUGUGAAGAAUUUGAACACUUGGUCUUUUGCUGAAGGAAUGAAGAAAACUUGAACAAUGUCUGACUCUGAGGCUACUUAACAUGUCUUUUUAGAUUUCACAUAUUCAAUAUAUUGUAGUUGUUGCCCACCAUUGUGAAAGAAAUAGUCCUUGAUGUAAUAUCAAUACUGUUCUAAUAUUUUAAAGUGAAAUGUUCCUGUAUUUUUUUGUCUACGUGUGAUGUUAGAAUGAUGAUAUCAGGGAACAGUGAAAUUAUGUAGUUAAUGGCACAGAUAUAACGUUCAGAAAGUAUGUUCUUAGAUUUAUAAGUAGUUAUGUCAGACAGAGUUUAGCAUCACAAGAGGAUAUUUUUUAGUAAAAUUGUGAUAUUUUUGUCGUAGUGUUGUUUUACAUGCAAACGCUGGAUCGUCUGUGAAUGAUCAAAUAUUAGCAAUGUCCUAAUGUCUUUUAGCAAUAUCAAAACCCACCUCGUUAUUAGUAUAUGACACAUUAUUUUUUGUCAAUUUUAGCCACUAAUAUGUAACACAUUGUGUACAAAGAUUUUAAUUUAUGUUCAUGACUUUAAUAUUGAAACUAUGAAUUCACAUAGGCACUGAAUACUACCUAAUCCGACAUGUACAUGAAAUGAUUUAUGCUAAUCCUUCCAAGCUUUGCCACAUCUUAAUCCAUGUGGCUCACUAAGCUGUUAAGGGAUGUAACAAACAGUAUUAACUGAUCUGAUUUGGUUUUGCACUUGUCAGUUGUGUAGUUGAACAACAUGUAUGUACGAGAAACUUGAUCACUUUUGUGAAGUAUUUGUUUUAUUUUCUAUGUGAUUCCACUGCUUGUUGCAUCUAAUAAUGUGUGAGUUGCCAAAUCUUGCUUCAAUACACCUUGGUUCCCAAGUGGGGUUGCGAACUUUGUAAAACAAAAAUUCGGUAGUUUUAGAGACUACAUGUACUUACAAGGUUUUGGAAUGCCACCAGGUAAGCAAGGUCAGCUUAAUUAUGCUUUAUUCGUAGAUCUCUAGAUUUGUGUCGCUGUAUUAUAGUGCAUAGUACCUCACUGGCAUGGUA